AUGCAGGGGCGCGCGGGAGCUGGCCCCGUGGGGCUCCGCUCGCAGCCGCGCGCCCUGCCGCCAGUUUUGCCGCCGCCACCCCAAUUUGCCUCAGAAGAAGAAAUGGCUUCAAAUCAAAUUGCACAGAUGUCUUAUCACGAAGUAUCUAAUACUUUUGUUGACAUCAUUGAUUUUGUCUGCGUCAGAAAGAACACGGCGGUUCGGGGGUGCACAGACAGGGUGCAUGCGUCGCCAGUCGCGUCGCACCUCUUAGACGAGGGGUGUGAUUUCUAUUGCAAGAUCGUGUUGGUCUUAACAGCUGAUGGUCCGUCCGCGUAUCCCUCGCCCGAUCGAUCCAGAGCCUCGCCCCGCCGCCCCUCGAGACACUUUCACGUUCUUACCCUCGCGUUCGCGAUUAUAAUUCCUAGUCCUACUUUUGAUGGAUCGCUAGCAGCAACGCGGCGCGAGCGUUCUUUGUUUUUGACAUUCUUUGUAGCAAGAACUUUUAGCGUUUGCACUACGUAUGUUCUUUUGUACGUGCUUAAUGAGUGUAGGCACAAUAGAGCGAAUGGCAUGUACACGCCCGCUGUACGUACUACGGUGGCAUCCAGUUUAUAUCCGCGCUGCAAUGUUAAUGGAAAAGUGAUCGCCCUAAUAUGUGGCCUGCUCGUGAUAAUUCUGAUGGUGUUGGGGCUGGCGUCAGCGGACUGGCUCAUGGCGGCCGGGUGGCGGCAGGGGCUCUUCAUGCACUGCAUCGAUCCGGAGGCACCCACGCCUCUGCCCUUCGACAUAACGGCUCAACCGGGGUGCUACGCCGCUAGGCCCGCGCCAUACAUUAAGGCGGCAGCCGGUCUGUGCGUAGCUACGCUCGCGGCGGAUGUGUGCGGAGCCCUUCUCACCGGGUUGGGUUUGCGCGCCACUGACCAUCGGACUAAAUUCCGAUAUUAUCGGUUCGCAGUACUCGCCAUGUCGCUUGCACUGAUGUGCAUCUUGAUAGCCCUGGUGAUAUACCCGGUCUGUUUUGCCGCUGAAUUGAAUUUAGGCAACAGAUCGGUCUGGGAGUUCGGCUGGGCGUACGGGGUGGGGUGGGGCGCGGCCAUCUUCCUUUUCGGCGCAGUAGUCCUACUGCUCUGUGAUAAGGAAAGCGAAGAACUCUACUACAAGGAACGGAAAGUGGUGAGCGGCGAAGCGGGUGCGCGACCCUAG